AGUCCAUACAUUGCGUUUCAUUCCAUAGCCUCUGCUAGCCACAGAGCAUCUCUUUCUCAGACUCUCUCUCUCUCUCUCUAUAUCUCUCACUCUAUUGUCCUAAUGGGAGACCUGCACGACACCAAAGUUCUUAAGCACCGGUUCUCCGAUAGGGUCCCAAUUCGAUCCAUUGUCUGUCGCCCUGACGGUGGUGCUGGCCUCAGUGGCCAGCUUGUACGGAUAGGUGGUUGGGUGAAGACGGGGAGAGAGCAGGGUAAGGGAUCGUUCGCAUUUUUGGAGGUGAACGAUGGCUCAUGUCCGGCCAACCUCCAGGUUAUAGUGGAGAAAGAAGUGGCGGAUCUGAGCUCGCUUGUUCAUACUGGCGCUUGCGUCUCCGUUGAGGGGGUACUCAAGGAACCACCUGAAGGUACCAAGCAGAAGAUUGAGCUCCGAGUAGGAAAAGUGCUCCAUGUUGGACCCGUGGACCCGGCUAAGUACCCAAUUCCCAAAACGAAGCUAACGCUUGAGUUCUUGAGGGAUCAUAUUCAUCUUCGACCCAGAACUAACACGAUUUCUGCAGUUGCUCGAAUUCGUAAUGCUCUUGCUUUUGCUACCCACUCAUUCUUUCAAGAGCAUGGCUUUCUAUAUAUUCAUACCCCAAUUAUCACAACUAGUGACUGUGAAGGUGCUGGUGAAAUGUUUCAAGUUACAACCUUGAUUAAUGAAGUUGAAAAGAUAGAGAAGGAGCUGAGUGAGAAACCUCCUCCAUCAGAGGCUGACAUAGAAGCUGCAAAGCUUGUUGUUAAGGAGAAAGGGGGGGCUGUCGCCCAACUGAAAUCUGCUAAAGCAAGUAAGGAGGAUAUAGCUGCUUCAGUGGCUGAACUGACAAAUGCAAAGGAGAAUCUCUUAAAGCUGGAGGAAAGAUCUAAUCUUAAGCCUGGCAUUCCUAAAAAAGAUGGGAAGAUCGAUUAUUCUCUAGAUUUCUUUUCCCGUCAAGCAUUUUUGACCGUCUCUGGCCAAUUACAAGUUGAAACAUAUGCCUGCACCGUUAGCAAUGUCUACACAUUUGGACCAACUUUUCGAGCUGAGAACUCACACACAUCCAGGCAUUUGGCAGAAUUCUGGAUGGUGGAGCCUGAAAUAGCAUUUGCAGAUCUUGAGGAUGACAUGAACUGUGCGGAGGCAUAUGUGAAAUAUAUGUGUCAGUGGUUACUUGAUAAGUGUCUUGAUGAUAUGGAACUGAUGGCUAAACUUUAUGAUAAAGGUUGCAUUGAUCGACUAAGAAUGGUUGCAUCUACCCCUUUCAAGCGCAUAUCAUACACAGAAGCAGUGAAACUACUAGAGGAGGCUGUGCAAGGUGGUAAGAAGUUUGAAAACAAGGUGGAGUGGGGGAUAGAUCUGGCAUCUGAGCAUGAGAGAUACUUGACAGAGGUAUUAUUUCAGAAGCCUGUGAUUGUGUACAAUUACCCAAAAGGGAUCAAGGCGUUUUACAUGAGGCUCAAUGAUGAUUCAAAGACUGUAGCUGCCAUGGAUGUCCUUGUACCAAAGGUGGGUGAGUUGAUCGGUGGAAGCCAGAGAGAGGAACGCUUGGAGGUUAUUCAGCAAAGAAUUGUUGAUAUGGGGCUGCCUAUUGAACCAUAUGAGUGGUACCUUGAUCUGCGGCGCUAUGGAACUGUGAAGCAUUGUGGAUUUGGCUUAGGCUUUGAACGGAUGAUACUAUUUGCCACUGGCAUUGACAAUAUUAGAGAUGUCAUUCCCUUCCCCAGAUAUCCAGGGAGAGCAGAUCUGUGAUAUUUAGUUUACUAAUUACAUGUUUGAUGUUAGUAUUUUGGCUUUAGAAUUCAAUACAGAUUAUUCUAUCUGAAUUUCCUCUCAAAUGUAUUUGGCUACUUCGAUUUUGAACAUUAUUGAAAAAUUAUUGUUAUUAUUA